GUGGGAGCCUUCGUUCUGCAGCUAUAUACUAUUGACCCUGUGUGAGAGCUACGCUGGGCGACUCUGCUCUCUGCAGCAAUAGUGUUGCAAGGGGUCGUAUGCCUCAGUUUUCCAAAGGGUUAGUUCAAUCUGUCCAUUUACUUCUGACUUUGUCCAGAAUCCUGCGUAUACUGUAGUAAUAGUAGUCUGUGGUGUUUACUAUUUCACUUAAACGCCAGACGGCCAAGGUACGCUGUGGUUAAACAUCAAUUUAGGAGAAAAAGGAAAAAAAAAACACAUGCUCAGUGAGAAACUAGCAGAAGGGGGCGGGCUAGGCAGAGCACAGAUCUUCAUUUCAUUUCUGUCAGCGAAAUGCGAGGGACGUCUUUGUGGAAUUCUUGUUAAAUUCUCCAGUUGUCACCAACCCGUGUGCUCCCUUUGUUCUUCAAAUUAAGAAAAAAAAAAAAGAUUUUUUUUGUUUUGUUUUGUUUAGUUUUCACGCAAUAGCUGGAGCUGGAAGUGGAACAGAGGCACCAGUAACACAGACAACAACAAAAGGGUAAUUGCCUGCUUCCGCUUUCACAAGCAACAAUAAUAAUAACAAAACGUAACCAAAAUGGACAAUUUGGAAAAGAAACCUACAUCAGAAGAAGAGCUUGAAUCGACAGAAGAGGAGGACGUGGAUCCGAGAAUACAGGGGGAACUUGAAAAACUGAACCAGUCGACGGAUGACAUCAAUAGAUGGGAAACAGAAUUGGAGGAAGCCCGUCAGAAGUUCCGCUCUGUGUUGGUAGAAGCUACAGUCAAGCUUGAUGAGCUGGUGAAGAAGAUUGGAAAAGCUGUGGAAGAGUCCAAACCUUACUGGGAGGCCCGCAGAGUAGCCCGGCAGGCUCAGCUAGAGGCUCAGAAAGCCACUCAGGAUUUCCAGAGGGCCACCGAGGUGCUGCGAGCCGCCAAGGAGACCAUUGCACUGGCAGAGCAGAGGCUGCUGGAGGAUGACCAGAGGCAGUUUGACUCUGCCUGGCAAGAAAUGCUCAACCACGCCACCCAGCGGGUAAUGGAAGCUGAGCAGACAAAGACUCGGAGUGAGCUGGUGCACAAAGAGACUGCGGCCAAGUACAACGCUGCCAUGAGCCGCAUGAAGCAGCUGGAGAAGAAGCUCAAGAGAGCCAUCAAUAAGUCAAAGCCAUAUUUUGAACUGAAGGCAAAAUACUACUUGCAGCUUGAGCAAUUGAAGAAGAGUGUGGAUGAGUUGCAGGCCAAGCUGUCCCUUUCAAAAGGAGCGUACAAGACAGCCCUGAAGAACCUGGAAAUUAUCUCAGACGAGAUCCAUGAGAGGAGGCGGUCCUCAGCCAUGGGCCCACGGGGCAGAGGGGUGGGGGCUGAGGGAGACAGCAACAGUGGGGACGACAUCUCCAACUUCAAGCUGGAGUCUGACGGCAUCUCCAUGACCUCGGAGGUGUUUGAGGAUGAUAACUGCAGCAGUGUUGUAUCGGAAGAGGAUUCUGAGACCCAGUCCAUGUGCAGUCUGAGUUCAUGCCCGACCAGUCCCCUGGAGAUGCCUUGCUCUUUCCCCCAUUCCUCUCGGCCUAGCAGCCUGGACCUGGCCAGCCCGGUGUCGCUCUCUGAUUUCGGGCUGCUCUCCCCGGUCCUGGGGCCUCGUAGUGAGUGCAGUGGGGCUUCGUCUCCGGAGUGUGACCUUGAACGAGGGGACAGAGCAGAGGGUGCUGAAGCGGAGCUUGAGAACGUGCUUAACAACAACAAGCAAACCAGCAGCCUGAAGAGCCGAAUGAGCCUUCUCACUCUGAAACGCACCAAGACUGACAACCAGAAUCGCUUCAGCCUGGCCCAGCACCCCUCUGCCUCUGCAGUAUUAGUGAAUGGAAUCUGACCUGGAAUUCUCCACUUCACAAAGUCCCAAAUGUGCCAAGGAACAUUGUGCCAACAAUCUUUAUUCUUAAUAGUCUCAUAUCAUUAAGGUUUCUUGUUAUUAAGAACUGCACUGGAAGGUUGCUUAAAAUUACUUCUGUUUUUUUUUUCUUUUUCUUUCACACACCCACUUUUUCUUUUGGUCGGUUUCACUACAAUAAUGCUUAAGUAGAUUGUAAGUAGGACUUGCGUAGGAUCCAGCUUAAAUAACACCCCUUUGCAAUGUGCAUUCUCUUAUAUAAUAAUAAUAAUAAUAAUACUAAUACUAAGCCUUAUCAGCUAUGUCUCCUACUCCAGCCUGUCUGUUUGUCGUUCUGAUGACCUGCACUGACGUUUUACGUCGCGCUCUAGAGAAAGCAAGCCCUCUAUUGUGUUGCUAUGUAUUGCCACCUACAGCAGACAACAAGUGAUCCCCUGACGUAUCAUUCACAGACCACACAACUCUGAAUCAAAUACUUUUUAACCACGUAGUGGUACAUUGAAUUGGUACUGUGAAUAGAAGCUAUUCGUCUUUUGUGGUGCCCAGCUGUACAGAUUUCCAUUGGUAUCGGCUCUUCAUACCCAGCACUGGAGCUGAAGGCAUUCAAUGAAUAACGUUGCUGAUAUACCAGGUACAUUAUGCUGAAAAUUAGACUGUUAUUUAUGGUAAAUGUUUGGGGGGGGGGGGACGAGAAGGAAAACCCUGAAACGCAAUCUUAACUGAAAGAGCCUAGCCACUCCAAUAUUGUUUUGUUGCCAGACCAGGAGAUAAUAAUUAACAAGACCAAUGAGGGAAAAAGACCAGGAAGGACUGGCGAUCAGUUGUUUAUUGACUGUUUUUUAAAGCCCUUUGUGACCCAUUCCACACAUAAGAUCUAAUGGAUUUGUUGUCACUUCAGACCAGGGAUUCCAAGACCAGGAGCCAGCUUGCCAAGUCUCAUAGAGGAGUGAGCUGCAUUCAACAUUACAUGGUAAAACCUUGAGAAUGAACAGCAAAUACAGAAAAGCGAUAUAGCACACAGCAACGCUGGUAACUGUUGAAUGCAAUGGUGUGCAUUGACCUGGAAGAUAGAGAUGAUUUACCUUUUUUAGCUACCAUUAAAAAAUCAGGACUCAAUUAUUUACAAAACCUUUGCACUGCUUUGUUUUUUUUUCUUUCUUUCUCAGUUUAUCUGUGAAUGUAUCGAUGUAUUGUAAAGUAGAUACUGUAAAUCUGUUGUGCAAAUUGCCAUAGCAGUAUGGAAGGAGAAGUCUUGCUUCGAAUAUAUAUAUAUAUAUAUAUUAGUGUUCUACUUGUACAGUAAUCAAACCACAGCUUGUUCAUCCAUUGCUAGAGUAUAAUAAAUGGCUCUUCACUGCAGAACACUGUCAUCCUGUUUUUCCGUCUCCAUGCAACUACUUGCAUUUCACAGGAAAAAGGUGAAUGUGUUUUUAACUGAUCUUUUAACAAUUUUAAUGGAAAAUCCUGCCAUCAAGCUAGGGGCUGAAUUGGGACAUUCACUUUGAUGCAGAAAUCCACUAAUAAUAUAAACAAAAACUACUCCAGUCCCAAUCAGGAUGAUGUUAUUAAUAAGCUAGACAUGGAUAUUUGACAACCAGUAACUGAAGUUUGGGUAAUUCAAUUGCUGCCCCCCAACCCCCCCCCCCGAGCAUAAGACUGCAUUUAUUAUUUAAGGAACAUAGCACAAGUGUACUGAUGUAACAUUAGGGGUCAUAGAUUUGCUUUUAAAAAAAAAUGUUGAGAAAAGUGUAGUUGAAAUUGUCAUCAGUUUAAAUUAAAAUAUAAUAUUUUACGACUGGUUUUACAAACCCAGAGCACUAGUGAAAUGAAAUGGUUUUAUAUAGCAAAAUACAAGUAACGCUGUGCAAAGUUUUCGUUCCUAUCUACAGUUUACAGUGCUUUGAGUUUACCUCGUUUUCAGUCUUUUCAGGGAGUUUGGUAGUUGGCUGAUAGAUGUCAAUCUAUAUUUAAAAGCAGCCCCAAGCACGUCAAAAUUCUGUGAUACAUGGUUCCAGUGAAUGUUUAUGGUUUAUAUGACACAGUGAUGGCCUAUAUGAUCUAUAUUAUGAUGUUCUUUUGGUGUACUGACAUAUCUAGUACAACAGAUACAUCAACUACCUGUCAUGUAUCAAAAAGACAGCUGUUCUGUGUUAAUUUUGGCUGAAAAUAUAAUAUGUAUGCAAUACGGCCCGACAGGCCGUCCGUGUACGGACGCCUCCUUAUGUUCACCCUCUACGGUUGCCCUGAAGGGCCUUACUCAUUUAUAAUCUAAGUCAAACUGGAUUUGAAGAAAAAAAGCAUCAAUCAUGUUUCAUUAAAUAUCCUUACGCCAAUAAAGUA